UUGAACCUGAUUAUGCAACUGAUUCCAAAUCAUCAACAGAUUCAAAACAGGAUAUUCUAUUACAAUUUCUACUGCAACGUAAAUAAUAACUUUGUGACUGACCGUUUAUUCAGAUUCGUGCAAAGGAGGUGAUUCUGCAAGACAUUGAAGUUGCAAACGCCCUUUCCGAAUACAUCAAAGUCAACUCCAUCACCACCGCCGUACUUGGCGCUUCUAGCAGAGGUGCCAUAGCAAGGUACACACACACACACACACACACAUUAUAUAUACAUGCAUAUAUUAAAAAAUUCGAAAGUUGGAUUUUUCGAUACUUUUAAUUUUGUUUUGUCAGGGCAUUUAAAAAUGCGGAUGUUCCCACUUCAGUGGCAAGAAAUGCACCUGAUUCUUGUGCAGUGUAUGUUGUAUCAAAGACGAAAAUAAUGAAGCUAAAAUCUUCGAGUCAACCCGAUACUCCCUGUAGUGCAACCAGCUCCAUGCCACGUAAUGCAUUUUCUCCCGAUGCCCCUGCAAGAUUCCGGCCGUAAGUCAUUUCUUUUAUUCUUCAUUUUUUUUUUUUUUUUUUUUUAACGUGGGCCCCACUUUAACAGCCAGGACAGCUGGAAAAGUGCCACCUCAGAGCAGUUGUCACUCGAAAGCAGCAUGAACAUGUCAUCACUCAAUUCAACAAGCAAUAGCAUUAGCAGAGAGUAUCCACAAAUCACUCAAAGAGAGAGGCCUAUGGAAUCAUCAUCAACAAACACUAGCUACGAAUCUUUUGUCUAUGGCAGCAAUUACAGCCAAUCACAAAGCUCGGGAAAUGGUGACAGCGUAUACGAGCACAUGAUACCGCCACCUAAUCGCCAGCCUGCCAACAAAAUUUCCGCAAUCUUGCAACAGUCAAUGGACAACCUUAAUCUCCAGAUUCGGACAAAGGAGAUCUCACCUUAUUCCAUGUCUGGAUCGAGCGACCAUUCAGAUAUGAUGAGUUUCCCUUCAGAUGUCUCUUUCGAAAUACUCGACCAAGCCCAGAGCUCAGAUUCUUCUAGAAGCUCCACUUCCUCACAAGCAGCAGACAUAGAGGAAGAGUUGAGAAGGUUAAAACAAGAAUUGAAGCAAAUCACAGCAAUGUACAAUGUCGCCUGUCAAGAAGCUGUCACUGCUAGAGAUAAGGUAAAAGGGAUUGUUCAGUGGAAAUCGGACGAGGGUAACAAGCUCGAAGAGGCUAAGCAUGCACAAGAGGCUGCCAUGGCUAUAGUCGAACGGGAGAAGCUAAAGUGUAAAGCUGCAGUAGAAGUAGCAUACAAGGCACAGCGUAUAGCAGAACUGGAAUCUGAGAAGAGAAAGCGUGCAGAGAUGAAGUUCAAACAAGAAUCCGAAGAGAAGCAGAAGGCAAUCGAUGCACUAGCACACAGUGAGAUUCGAUACAGAAGGUACACUACCCAAGAAAUCGAACUCGCCACAAAUUACUUCUCCGCUUCGGAGAAGGUCGGUGAAGGAGGAUACGGGCCUGUAUUCAAAGCCACUCUUGACCACACACCUGUCGCCAUUAAAGUUCUUAGACCCGAUAUGUCACAAGGUGAUAAGCAAUUCCAAAGAGAGGUGGAGGUGCUCAGCCGAAUGAGACAUCCACACAUGGUUAUCCUAUUAGGUGCAUGCCCUGAGUACGGUUGCCUUGUCUACGAGUACAUGGACAACGGCAGUUUAGAGGACAGGCUCUACCGCAAGGAAGGUACAAGCACCUUACCGUGGACCGCUCGUUUUCGAAUAGCUGCAGAAAUCGCCACUGCCUUAAAUUUUCUUCACCGAACAAAGCCUGAGCCGCUUGUGCACCGUGACCUAAAACCUGCAAACAUUUUACUGGACAAAAAUUACGUGAGCAAGAUAAGUGACGUGGGCCUAUCGAGACUGGUCCCACCAUCUAUAGCCGAUACAGUAACACAGUACCACAUGACAUCAGCAGCUGGUACGUUUUGUUACAUCGAUCCAGAGUACCAACAGACAGGCAUGCUUGGGACAAAAUCGGACAUAUAUUCUUUAGGUGUAAUGCUGCUGCAGAUUAUUACAGCCAAAAAUGCUAUGGGUUUGACACAUCAUAUCGAGACAGCGAUCGAGAAUGGCCGAUUUUCUGAGAUUCUUGAUCCGACGGUGCACGAUUGGCCGGUUGAGGAUGCUUUGUCUUUGGCGAAAUUGGCUUUGAAAUGCUGUGAGUUGAGGAGAAGGGACAGGCCGGAUCUUGAUUCGGAGAUAUUACCUGAAUUGCAACGGCUAAGAGACCUAGGAUUACAUGCGAAACCCGAGGGGAGAUUCUCUUACAUGCAUUCAUCAAGUCGGAGGUUUAACGAGAGCUCGUUCACGAGCCAGAUGAAUCAUAACAGAUACAAUUACAUGAAUUCGCAAGUGAGCACGUCUUCUAGUCAGGAUUCGAGGGACAGCAGUUCUGAAACACAAAAACAGAGCAAGAAUCUAUCUGGAAGCGGAAGCAGCACAGUUACGACAUUAGAAAACUAUUUGGAUUAGUUGUUUCUUCAAAGGAAAAGGAAUCGACAAUUUGAUGAAUGCAUGUUUAUCUUACCGUUUCUUCAGCCUGAGAGGGCAAACUUUUUCUUUCAGUAAUGUAUACACUACUAAAUUUAUGACCCUUUUAACAGGAUAUUAAAAAAAUUCCAACAUUGGGAUAAGCCGUUCUAAAUUAUGAAACCAUGAUUUUUUUUCCUAUCCAACUCAAAAGAGAAGCCUGUCAUUGUCGGUAUAAUAUAAUGUCAUUACAUAAAUCAGGUUCAU